AUGGCCCUCUCACGUCUCUCCUUGCCAUUCUCCUUACUUGUACUGUCAUUGCUAGUUAUUGCUUCGGCUGGCGAUUAUGCUGAUGCUUCAGCCAAAUAUGGUUUCGACGGAAUACAGGCAGACAGCCCUCAGGCAAAGCCAGAUGAGGCAGAAAAGCCCCAUUAUGGCACCAAACCAGACUACUACAAGCCCCAGCCUGUAUACAUUGACAAGUCUGAGGAAAAUGAAAAGCCUGCAGGUUACUACGCGAAACCAUACAUUGUUAAACCAAAGCCAGAAGGAGAAGAGAAGCCUCAUUACAAGCCUAAACCUGAAGAAAAAGAAAAUUCGGGUUACAACAGAAACUCACAAGUUGUUAAACCAAAACCGGAAGAAGAAAAGCAUUAUUAUGGGAGUAAACCAGACACCUACAAGCAAACAAAGCCAAGUGAAAAACCCGAAUAUGAAAGAAAACCAUACGUCGUUAAACCAGAGCCAAAAGGUGAAGAAAAGUCUUACAAUGACACAAAACCAGAAGAAAUGAAUAAUCGUCUCUCCAUUGCUGUUCAAGGGAUUGUUUUAUGUAAAACAGGUUCCAAGUAUUACCCAAUUCAAGGGGCUUCUGCAACGAUAACAUGUAAAGCAGUUGAUGAGGUAGGGGCCGAGAGAACUGUCUCCAUUUGCAGCAAAGCAACUGAUGCAAAAGGUUACUUCUUUGCUACACUGUCCGAUCAAGGUCGCGACAGGUUGAAGCUUAAAGAGUGCAAGGCGUACCUUAAAAGCUCUCCAUUGGAGGCCUGCAAUGUUCCCACUAAUGUCAACAAAGCCAUUGAGGGUGCUCUUCUUUCUGCUUUCCGUGUUCUAAAGGAGAAGAAGGCAAAAUUGUAUUCUGUGGGACCUUUCUUCUACACCUCCCAAGCUAAACCAGCGGCAUCCCCUCAAUAUGGUUACUAA